AUGUGUGAUGCAUCUGACUAUGCAGUAGGAGCAGUGCUUGGCCAAAAGAUAGACAAGAAACUCAAUGUCAUCUACUAUGCAAGCAAGACUAUGGAUGAUGCUCAAUGCAAUGAACUUCAUGGUGUCUGGAGAAGUCCUAGUAGUUUUGAUGCUUACAAGAGGAAGAAGUUCUUCAAGGAUGCUAGGCACUACUAUUGGGAUGAGCCUUACUUGUACAAGAGAGGACCAGAUAGCAUUUACAGAAGAUGCAUAGCUGAAGAAGAUGUACAAGGAGUUCUAGAGCAUUGCCAUGGGUCUGCUUAUGGAGGUCACUUUGCUACAUUCAAAACCGCAACUAAGGUUUGCAAUCUGGUUAUGGUGGCCUACCUUGUUCAAGGAUGCAGCAAGUUCAUGCCAAGUGUGAUCCAUGCCAAAGGAAAGGAGGGAUCACCAAGAGGAUGA